AUGGCAAUUCCGUUCUCAUUCACAUUUCUCCUCCUCCUCGUCGUUGUUCCUUCCUUCAUUUUCUCUUCCACGCUUCAAGAUCCAAACUUGGUAGUCGAAGAAGUAUACAUGAGCAUCAAUGAGUCGAGAAGAAACCUGGGGUUUCUUUCUUGUGGGACAGGAAACCCCACUGACGAUUGUUGGAGGUGUGAUCCCAACUGGGAAAAGAACAGAAAGCGUCUCGCAGAUUGCGGCAUUGGGUUCGGCAAGAACGCCGUCGGAGGCAGAGACGGCAGAUUCUACGUCGUCACCGACCCCAGCGACCACCCCGUGAAUCCCAAGCCAGGAACACUCAGAUACGGCGUCAUACAGGAAGAGCCACUGUGGAUCAUCUUCAAGAAAGACAUGGUCAUCAAGCUCAAGCAAGAACUUAUGAUGAACUCCUUCAAGACCAUCGAUGGCAGAGGAGCCAAUGUUCACAUCGCAGGUGGCCCUUGCAUCACAAUGCAGUUCGUGACCAACAUCAUAAUCCACGGAAUCAACAUUCACGACUGUAAACGAGGAGGCAACGCCUACGUGAGAGAUUCUCCGACACAUUACGGUUGGAGAACGGUGUCGGACGGCGACGGAGUUUCCAUUUUCGGAGGAAGCCACAUCUGGGUUGACCACUGUUCUCUCUGGAAUUGCCAAGACGGACUGAUCGAUGCGAUUCAUGGAUCCACAGCAAUCACAGUCUCAAACAAUUACAUGACUCGCCAUGACAAAGUGAUGCUUCUGGGUCAUAGUGACGGUUACAAGAAGGACAAGAACAUGCAGGUCACCAUAGCCUUCAACCAUUUCGGUGAAGGGUUAGUCCAGAGAAUGCCAAGAUGCAGACAUGGGUACUUCCAUGUGGUGAAUAAUGACUAUACCCAUUGGAGGAUGUAUGCGAUAGGAGGGAGUGCGGAUCCAACUAUAAACAGUCAAGGCAAUAGAUUUCUUGCUCCCAAUGAUGGUACCUUCAAAGAGGUGACCAAGAGGGAGGAUUCACCUGAGAGCGUGUGGAAGAAGUGGAACUGGAGGUCAUCAGGUGAUCAGAUGUUAAACGGUGCGUUUUUCACGCCGUCCGGUAAGGGAUCAUCUUCAAGCUAUGCUCGAGCUUCAAGCUUGUCUGCAAAACCAUCUUCACUGGUUAGUUCAAUAACAGCAGCAGCUGGAGCACUUCAAUGCAGAAAGGGGUCUCGUUGCUGA